UGGAUGGUAUCGAUCGCUGAGAAGUCGCUCGGCGGUCGAUGCAUCAGCGCUCCAUGCUGUGGCCUGUUCUCUAUGGCGAUGGAGGCGCUGGAUUUGUUCCGGGCGCUGGGCUCGGGAGCUCGCUUUGACUGGAAGCGCUUCGGGAAGGAUGCCGAGAGACUGCGGGUGAUGAAUUCAAGCAGCACCAUCUUAAGUGAAAACGUUCCUGACCUUGACUUUUUUAACAGACAGCCUGCAAAAAACUGCAAACCAGUGGUCAGUACGUUGAAAAACAAAGGGGAGAAAAAAGAUUCUGCAGCAGACUGCAAGGACGACACAUGUGUAUCCCUAGGAAAAAGAAAAUUGGACAUGGGUAGUUCAGAAAGAAAGAAAAGGAACAAAAAGAGGAUCAAAGAAACCAACGCAAUGUCUGACAUUUUUGCUAAUAGCAAGGAUGAUGAUGGAAUAAUGUUGAUGUCCUCACUGGGAAGCAAGAUCAAGAGUAAUAUUGACAGGACGGGCACAGAACCUAGUGCUGAGAAACUGGAACAUCAACGACGAGAAAAGAUGAAUAAAUUUCGGCGUAAGCAUCGGAUUCAUGUGGAUGGAACAGAUAUUCCUGAACCCAUUGAAACCUUUGAACAGCUCUUACAGGAGUAUAACUUGCACCCAAAAAUUAUUCAGAACAUACAGGAAGCUGGUUUCCAAAUGCCCACCCCCAUACAGAUGCAAGCCAUUCCUGUCAUGCUACAUAAUCGUGAAAUCCUGGCCUGUGCCCCAACUGGAUCAGGAAAGACCUUGGCCUUUUGCAUUCCACUUUUGACUUGUCUAAAGCAACCAAUGAACAAAGGUUUCAGGGCGCUGAUACUAUCUCCUACUCGUGAGCUGGCCAGCCAGACUCAUCGGGAGCUAGUAAAGCUCUCUGAAGGUAUUGGAUUCAGAAUUCAUAUGAUCAACAAAGCAGCUGAGGCUGCCAAGAAGUUUGGUCCCAAGACGUCAAAUAAAUUUGAUGUUUUGGUGACUACUCCAAACAGAUUGAUUUACUUGUUAAAACAGGAUCCUCCCGGUCUGGACCUCAGCAGGGUGGAGUGGCUGGUUGUUGAUGAAUCUGAUAAGUUGUUUGAAGAUGGUAAAUCUGGAUUCAGAGAUCAGCUUGCCACUAUCUUCUUGGCAUGUACAUCCCACAGUGUGCGGCGAGCUAUGUUUAGUGCCACAUUUGCAUUUGAUGUUGAGCAGUGGUGUAAACUGAACUUGGACAAUGUGGUAUCUGUGUCGAUUGGCACGAGGAAUUCUGCUGUGGAGACAGUGGAGCAAGAGUUACUUUUUGUGGGUACCGAAACUGGGAAACUAGUAGCAAUGAGAGAUCUAGUUAAAAAGGGGUUUUCACCUCCAGUGCUAGUUUUCGUUCAGUCUAUUGAAAGAGCAAAGGAACUCUUUCAUGAGUUGAUCUACGAGGGCAUUAACGUUGAGGUUAUCCACGCAGAAAGAACUCAACAACAGAGAGAUAAUGUAGUAUGCAGCUUCAGAGCCGGAAAAAUUUGGGUCCUCAUUUGUACAGCUCUCAUGGCUCGUGGUAUUGAUUUUAAAGGUGUGAAUCUAGUCAUCAACUACGACUUUCCAACUACUGCAAUUGAGUACAUUCAUAGAAUUGGACGGACAGGAAGAGCUCAUCAUCGAGGAAAAGCUAUUACAUUUUUCACAGAAGACGAUAAGCCACUUUUGCGGAGUGUAGCAAAUGUUAUCAGACAAGCUGGCUGCCCUGUACCAGACUAUAUGAUGCAAAUAAACAAACUGCAGAGUAAACAAAAGAAAAGAUUGAUCAAAAAUCCAAUCAAACGAGCAGAUAUCAAGACCACACCAAAGUACUUCAUAGAAAAGGCUGCCAGGAGGAAAAAAAUGAUACAGAAGAGCAAGAAGAAGAAAAAAGAAAAUUCCUAUGCAAGUGUGCCAGUUACCCGGGGUAAGCAGGUUGCCACUGACAGCUGAAGAAGUGCUGCUAGAAGUGUCCAACACUGCUUUCUACAGUUGAGAAGCAGAGCAUCGGAUAGCCACUUGUACAUCCCCACAGGGACUGAUGCUGAACAUUACUAUUGUUUACGCUUGCAUUUUUUUUAAAAGAUGCUUAUCUGAAUUUUUUUUUAAAAACUGAAGUCUUUUAGAAGCACAGAGAUAGUAGGAACCGCAGAUGCUGGAAAAUCUGAGACAACAAGGUGCAGAGCUGGAUGAACACAGCUGGACACAGGAAGGCUGACGUUUCGGGCCUAGACCCUCCUCCAUUUUUGAUGAAGGGUCUAGGCCCGAAAUGUCAGCCUUACUGCUCCUACGAUGCUGCUUGGCCUGCUGUGUUCAUCCAGUUCUGCACCUUGUUGUCUGUCUCUUUUAGAAGCACAGUGUUUUGGGACAAUACUGCAGCCGUGGUCACUUUUUACAUUGUAUAUUUGUGCCUUUAGAAAUAAUCUGUACCUAUUUACCAUUGCAGCCUUGCGGGUGUGAGGAUAUGGUCUUCACACACACUGAAAAUGGUCAUUUCUACCUGAUACAGAAUAUUGGAGUUUGGGCACACUAAAUUAUCUUUCUCAAGAACUGCUUUUGUAUGGAAGUUACUGUGCAAACAAAUAUAGUUACUUUUAUGACAGUGGAAAUAAAUAUCACUGGCAUAAUUUAAGACAUAGUUAAGUUGUGAUUUAAUCUUCAGUUUAAAAAAAGUCAUGAUUUCUUUAAUUCUAAGAGUCUAGUGUUAAUGUAAGGAGAGAAGUUUUUUAUAUCAAAACUGUGACCUUUAUCUUUAUCUCACUGUCUGAGAUGCAGUGUUUCUAAAAUUAAAAACAUGUUUCAUUUAA